GUGAAGCGUCGUAAUGUUAAUUCUAACAGUGUUGGUUGUAAAAUUUUUGACUGGCAUAGCAGCAUUUGCCUUCUUCAAAUGGAAAUUCACUUACUGGAAACGUAAAAACAUGCCUUUUAUCCAGCCACAGUUCCCCUUCGGAAACGUACCGAAUCCUUUCACGGUAAAACAAGCACCCGGAUUAAUAUUUACUCAACUGUAUAAAGAGAUGAAGAGAAAGGGAUGGCCACAUGGAGGAAUUUAUGUCUUCACGAAACCUCUAUAUCUGCUGGUUGAUCCAGAUUGCAUCAAAACUAUUAUGACAAAAGAUUUUGAAUAUUUCAACAGUCGCGGAAUUUACUACAACGAAAAAGACGAUCCUGUAAGUGCUCAUGUUCUUCAUGUAGGUGGUACCAAAUGGAAGACACUUCGAUCUAAACUAAAUCCCACUUUUACCGCUAGUAAAGUGAAAAUAUUUUUCCCAAUUAUGGUAAAUCGUGCAGAAAAGUUGUUGAAAAAGCUAUGGGCGGUCUAUCACCAGAGUGCAACUUUAGAUUCCUAUAACACUAUGUCGUGUUUCACGAUUGAUAUUUUAGGAUCGUGUGCUUUUGGUCUUGAUUGUAAGGCACUCGAAGACGACAGCUCGGUGUUCACAAAAAGUAUAAUGAAGUGUGUGGAGCUAUCAAAAUUACGAGUACUGACGAUCCUUAUGGCUUCAGUAUUUCCAAAAGCUGCGAGAAAUUUUAAAGUUAGACACUAUCCUAAAGAUAUAGGUGAUUUUUUUAUAAAUUUCGUAACAAACGUCGUUAAACAAAGACAAGAAAACGUCUGCACUCGUCAAGAUUUCAUGCAACAGUUAAUCGAUUUGAAAAAUCACAAUGCAGAAACGCUAAGCACAGAAGAAAUGGCCGCUCAGUGUUUAAUAUUCUUUUUAGCGGGAUUUGAAACUUCAAGUAUUACCAUGACAUUUGCUCUUUAUGAAUUAUCAAAACAACAAAAAUUUCAAGACAGAGUGCGACAAGAAAUCACUCAAGUUCUUGCUGAAUAUAAUAAUGAAAUUAGCUACGAAAUGAUUACGGAUUUAAAAUAUCUGAACCAAGUAAUCGAUGAAACUUUUAGAAAGUAUCCAGCGGUGCUCUACCUAACAAGGAAAUGCAGUAAAACUUAUUGUGAGCCUAAUAAAAAUAUCGUUAUAGAGAAGGGAACGCUCGUUUUAAUACCUUUGCAUGGAAUACAUCAUGAUGAGGAGUAUUAUCCUGAACCGGAAAAAUUUGAUCCUGAGCGCUUUAACGACACCAAUAAAAAAGCUAGACAUCAUUAUAAGCAUCUUCCUUUCGGUGCAGGGCCGAGAAUGUGUAUAGGCCAACGUCUCGCUUUGUUGCAAGUAAAACUGGGUUUAUUUAUGAUGUUGAGAAAUUUCAAAUUUUCACUUAAUGAAAGAACGGAGGAACCUGUAAAACUUACUAUGAACUCUACCAUAGUCAAACCAGAGGGCGAAAUAUGGCUAGAUAUUUGUCCAGCAUAAGACAAUAUUUGAAUAUUUUCGUAAUAAUCAUGUGAGAGAGAAAUGAUAGAAAGAUAGAAAAUAUAAAUAAAAAAAAAUUAUCCUAUAAUAAAGAUGUAGCGGAGACACAUAUA